AUGGAAGACUUCAAUAGUUAUCAAGUCCCGGCGUUAAAACAUUACUUAAGUACGAAAGGCAUAACGACAUCCAUGUACAGAAAAGCUCAUUUAAUAAAACUGUGUGAACUGGCAAGAGAAAUAGACCUAGAAGAUAUAGAAACUAAAGAUGAUUAUGUGGAUAUGGAUGUUCGUCGUAGAACGGUCGGAGACCGCAUCUUGCCCAGCAUAAGCGAGGUUAAAUUAUGUGAUUGGAAUGGAGAUCUAAAGAAUGUUCCAGAUAUAGACAUUGCCGAUGUUUUUGUGCAUUUGAUUAACAUUGGUUGGGAUCAGAAUCGCCUUCAUUCGUACAAAGAAGACAGGGGCUAUCUAUUAUAUCAGAACAAUCAUGUUGACAGUGUUCGAAUGUGCUUAUUGGAUUCAGAAUAUUCUUAUAUUAUGUGUAACACAACACCAGAAACUCGUCAAUCUGAGUACCCUUACAGGACAUGGCUACUGGUAAAGGCUGAUGGCUAUAUCAUAUCAGGUGGCUGCUCCUGUGUUGCGGAUGAUGGUUCGUGCAAGCACUGCACAGCCCUGUCAUUUGCUGUUGCAGCUUUUUGCGAACGCCAUAAGGACAGGCAUACCGAGGUGGGAACUGAUGUGAAGUGUGUUUGGGACAAGCCCCGUAAGGAAAGCAAGCCUUGUCGCGUUAAGGAAAUUUGCAUCUCCCACAGGAAAGUUCCACUCAUACCAAACAAAGAGGACUACCAGCCAUGCCCUACUCUCACUAGUGACAUUAACAGAGAAGUUGAAAAAGAACUGUAUACAAUGUGUCAGGGUACGGGUGCUCUUCUAUUACACACAUUAGACCCCCAUUCAGAUGAGGAGGAAGAUCAUCAUGAAGAUCCGCCUGAUAUGAUAGCUGCUUUGACACACACAAUUCAGACUGGAGAAUCCUUGAUAGGUUAUUUAAGAAAUGUGUAUAACUCUGAUAUUAUUCAGGAAGUUGAGCAGAUCACUUGUGGUCAAAGUGAAAAUGAAUUAUGGUACAAAUACAGGCAUGGUAGAAUAACAUCUUCCUUGUUUUCAAAAGUAUGCCAUUUUAGAGGGGGGAGUCAUGAUAAUUACAUCACACGUGAAAUUCUAAAUGAUAACUCCAAUGCCUUAAACACAGAUGCAGUAAGGUAUGGAAGACAGAAUGAAGUUGUAGCUAAACAAUUGUUUUUUGACAUGUAUGCUCGUGAUCAUGUAAAUGCAAAAAUGAGACCUUGUGGCUUAAACAUAUCUCAGCAACAUCCAUUUUUAGGUGCAUCACCAGAUGCAUAUUUGUCGUGCAAAUGUUGUGGGAAAGGUUUAAUUGAGGUAAAAUGCUCCUACUCCCACAGAAAUGAAACACCGUAUGAUGUAGCAGGUGACCGUCAUUAUCAUUUGUAUAGAGACACUAAUGAUGUUGUCAAACUUAGAGCAGAUUCACCAUGGUAUGUGCAGAUUCAAGGACAGCUUGGUAUUUGUAAUGCUAGGUGGUGUGACUUUGUUUUUUAUACAGACAUGGGUUUUAUCAGUGAUAGAAUUUAUUAUGAUGAAUCUUUCUUCAAUGAAAUUGUUAACAAGUGCAGCACCUUUUUCACAAAUUAUGUUCAUCCUGCACUGCUUGCUAAAAUGUAGAAUAUAAAUUCUCUGCUGUAAUUUGAUGCCCUUUACUAGAUUACAUCGCAUCUUGUAUGAUACACUGUAUUGUGUUUUGUCUAAUGAUUGAGAUUAAGACAUCUGAAUUGCAAUAAGAACCACUCACUCAUACUUCUAUGUUGUUGACUUGUAUUACAUGAAUAUGAAAAAUGAAAUGCAGUUAGAUAUUUUAUGUAUAAUAUUGAAUAUUGUUAAAUCAACAAUAAUAAAACAGUAAAUGUAAAAACAACAACUUCUAUAUUUUUUAGGUAACACCAAAAAUCAAAUUAACAAAUUAAAAAAUGUCAAAUAUGAAGCAUCUUGUUAAUUUUUCACAAGAGGUUUUGACAAAUUGCAUAGAAAUGCAGCAACAACAAGAAUCUGGCUUGCAAUUGGCUUUAAAUUGAUUGGUAAAAUGCCAGAUAACAGUUUAUAUGAUUUCAAACGUUGUAUAGCACGUUCCACAUGAAUCCGUAGUUUCGCUAUCUGUCUUGUUCUCCGAAUCUCACUCGCAUUUAACCGUUUUCCUUUUCCCCAUCCACAUUUAUGUGUAAAUGGUGGUAUGACCAACUUUGCCUUUCGCUCCAAUAGAUAGUCUCUGAUGAUGAAACCCCGAUCAGCCAUCACCUCAUCUCCAGCAGAUAUCAAAUCCAAGAAAUCACUAUUGGCUGUAAUGUACCUGUCAGACACAUUGCCACCCCACAAUUCAGAUACAUAAGAAAAUGCACCGGUAGGAGUUAUACCAACAAGGCAUUUAAAGGUAUUAUGUCCUUUGUAAUUGCUGUACGUUUGGCUUUGAGCAGUAGGUGUCCUUGGCUUUUGAAUGAAUAUUUCAGUACAGUCUAUGACGACUCUUGUACGAGGAAAUGUCUGUUUGAAAGACCUUGGCAUAUGUUUUCUGAUACUCUGCAGUGAUG